UGCAAGGAUAAAAACAAACAUUGUAAAUCCUGGGCAUUGAACGGUGAAUGCAAAAAAAAUCCAAAGUCCAUGGUGAUCAAUUGCCCCAAAAGUUGCACAAUCUGUCCAGGUAUGCAUGAUGCUCAAGAAGUGAAAUUAAUUUACCAUAACGUUAUAAAAAUUUGCGAUAAUAGAUGCAUGUAAUACUUUUUUUCUCUCUUUCUUGUGCUUACAUUUUGAUUCUGCUGCCAAUUCAUACACACCAAUAGGCAUUCCCUCACUUUUCGAUCAUAGUGUUAUUCUCUGAAAAAAAGUUCAAGCUCUUUCCCCUCCACCCCCUCCCCCCUUCUUCUCCUUCCCCGACGGCCACCUCUUUAUAACUGUAAGCUUUCUUUGUAGUCAACAAACAUGCCAGUUCAGCAUUAAAUUUGGGUGUUUUGUGUAAAAAUAUCAAAGCAAAAAGACCUUUUGCGUUUAUUAGCGCAUGCCAUAUACCACAAUUGGUGAGUUCUCGUUGAAUUUAAAUGCAACCCUCUGUAUAGGUUCUUGUAAAAUUACAACUCUUUCUCUCACUGAAACGACUUACAUGGGAAUAAAUUCACAAGGAACGAGUGGGGAGGCGAAAUAAGGAGAAAAAAAAACGGUCCGGCAGCACAGGUGACCAGGCAUGAAGAGAUCCUGAUUCAGGGGAUUAUGGCUCCAACAGAAAUGUUGAUGAAAUCUGAUAAGAUUAAGCGAUGCACUUACAUGUAUAUUGUUUUACUUUUUUUUCCGUCAGCUUGCAAGGAUAAGAACAAACAUUGUAAAUCCUGGGCAUCGAAAGGUGAAUGCGGAAAAAAUCCAAAGUAUAUGCUGUUCAAUUGCUCCAAAAGUUGCGGAGUCUGUCCAGGUAUGCAUGAUGCUCUAGAAGUGAAAUAGAUUACCCAUAACGUUACAAAAAUUUGCGAUAAUAGAUCCAUGUAAUGCUUUUUUCUCUCUUUCUUGUGCUUACAUUUUGAUUCUGCUGCCAAUUCAUAUACACCAAUGGGCAUUCCCUGACUUUUCAAUCAUAGUGUUAUUCUUCAAAAAACGUUCCAGCUCUUUCCCCUCCACCCCUCCCCCCCCUCUCCUCUACUCCUUCCCCGACGGCCACCUCUACAUAACUGUUUGCUUUCUUUGUAGUCAACAUGCCAGUUCAGCAUUAAAUUUGGGUGAUUUGUGUAAAGACAUCAAAGCAAAAAGACCUUUUGCGUUUAUUAGCGCAUGCCAUAUACCACAAUGGGUGAGUUCUCGUUGAAUUUAAAUGCAACCCUCUGUAUAGGUUCUUGUAAAAUUACAACUCUUUCUCUCACUGAAACGACUUACAUGGGAAUAAAUUCACAAGGAACGAGUGGGGAGGCGAAAUUAGGAAAAAAAAAACGGUCCGGCAGCACAGGUGACCAAGCAUGAAGAGAUCCUGAUUCAGGGGAUUAUGAUUCUAACAGAAAUGUUGAUGAAAUCUGAUAACAUUAAGCGAUGCACUUACAUGUAUAUUGCUUUACUUUUUUUUCCGUCAGCUUGCAAGGAUAAGAACAAACAUUGUAAAUCCUGGGCAUCGACCGGUGAAUGCGGAAAAAAUCCAAAGUACAUGCUGUUCAAUUGCUCCAAAAGUUGCGGAGUCUGUCCAGGUAUGCAUGAUGCUCUAGAAGUGAAAUAGAUUACCCAUAACGUUACAAAAAUUUGCGAUAAUAGAUCCAUGUAAUGCUUUUUUCUCUCUUUCUUGUGCUUACAUUUUGAUUCUGCUGCCAAUUCAUAUACACCAAUGGGCAUUCCCUGACUUUUCAAUCAUAGUGUUAUUCUUCAAAAAACGUUGAAGCUCUUUCCCCUCCACCCCUCCCCCCCCUCUCCUCUACUCCUUCCCUGACGGCCACCUCUACGUAACUGUUAGCUUUCUUUGUAGUCAACAUGCCAGUUCAGCAUUAAAUUUGGGUGAUUUGUGUAAAGACAUCAAAGCAAAAAGACCUUUUGCGUUUAUUAGCGCAUGCCAUAUACCACAAUGGGUGGGUUCUCGUUGAAUUUAAUUGAUAUCCUCUGUGUAGGCCCUCGUAUAAUUACAGUUCUUUCUCUCACUGAAACGACUUACAUGAGAAUAAAUUCACAAGGAACGAGUGGGGAGGCGAAAUUAGGAAAAAAAACGGUCCGGCAGCACAGGUAACCAGGCAUGAAGAGAUCCUGAUUCAGAGAAAUGUGACUCAAAAAAAAAUGUUGAUGAAAUCUGAUAAGAUUAAGCGAUGCACUUACAUGGAUAUUGCUUUACUUUUUCUUCGUCAGCUUGCAAGGAUAAGAACAAACGUUGUAAAUUCUGGGCAUCGACCGGUGAAUGCAGAAAAAAUCCAAAGUACAUGCUGUCCAAUUGCUCCAAAAGUUGCGGCAAAUGUUAGGUAUGCAUGCGCACAAGUAAUCGUUUAAAAAAUCAAAUAGAUCAGCGUAAACCUUAAAACGUUUUGAAAUGUUGUGUUUCUUAUUAAUGAUAUGUUUAAUUCUCUUACUAAUGUACGUGUAGUGAUGAGCAUUCUUUUCUUUUAAAAAGUCACAGAGGUUUAUCUCUCUCUCGGAAAAAGUGCGAUUUGUCACCCUGUCCGUCUUACCAGCUGUCCUCUUAAAUUCAUCAAUGUGGCUCAAAUGGUUUUUAAGUGGCUUUUAUAAAAGGGAAUAAUCCUAGCUGCAUACUUCACGCUAAGGAAACCGGCCCAUGGGCCACUUGGGCCUGUAUAAAGGCUUUACUUUUUAAUGAGAUACGAAGGAGUUCAAAAGGAAAACGAGGACAGCGGUAGGAGAAAUUUCCAAUUUUAAGAAAAAUUUACUUAAAUGGGUGGAACUUUGAAAAUGCAAUUCAGCUAUAGAACAAACCUUAGCCAUUGGUGAAUCACGGUGGUGUUUUCUUUUUUUUUUUCUUAUUGCAGAAUCGAAGUGAAACACAUCUAACCUGUCUUCCUCCGGAUCAGAUGGAUAAGAUUUGAAGCAGUAGUCUUAUUUUGCCAGCAUAAUUUGGAUUGGGUGAAGGAAAAUGCUGGGUUCCUAAUGUAAGGGUUUUUCUUUCGCUGUACUUAUUGUAGAAUUUCAAGCCUCGUUAUCUGGAAAAUAAAACAAAUGAUCAACUCAAAGGCUGUGGUUGAUUCUCUUUGUUAUUAGCAACCAUUUCUUAAUUAACCCCAAGAGGUUCAAAACAAGGAAAGACGAAGGGGAAGAGACAAAUUGUUUGAAAAUGAAAAAUAGGUCGCGUUGAUAUGGCAGUUUAACUUGAAACGACCAUUUUUUUUAUCUACCUACGGACGCGAUGGCCCAAUAGGCAGUGCACUGGAUUUCGUUUCGAGAGGCCUGGGUUCGAGAUCUGACCGGGUUUUGUGUUGUGUUCCUGAGCAAAACACUUCAUUCUCACAGUACCUCUUUCCACCCAGGAGUAUAAAAGGGUACCAAGUAAUUAUUAGGGAAGACUGAUGAAAUGCUGGGGGGUAAUCUCGCGAGUACUAGCAUCCCAUCAUGCCAAGAAUCUGCAAGGCGAGGAAUUUCUGCCUUUUCAACUCGAAAUUGGGCCUUUCAGUCAGCUGAAUUCAUGUUUUCUGGAUCGGAAACAUCAUACGAUUGAUAGCCGAAAUCUGGAUUUUUUUUAACAAUAACUGUCGUAUAAUGGAACAAAUUCUUCGUCCGAACUGUUGUUGUCUGCAUUGAUAAGCAGAAGUAUCUCUCGCCAAGUCUUAGAUUUGUUCAUUUUUAAAGAACUCGACAAGUUGCUGUCGGAAAAUGAAGGGUGGUAAAGGUUUAUAUCAGGGACCUUAAGCAGUCAGGACGGCAACGCCAUGGAAAAUGUCGAUUAAAAAAUGAAUUUCUGCCUUUAAUUAGAAUUUCGAAAAUGGCUGCGUGUAGUUACCGUCUCAUACGGCAACACACCUCAACUUCAGCAUCACGUAGGAAGGAAGUGUUGAGUUCCAAAUGGAAAUUGAAAUAAUUUGCCGCCGCGGUUUCUGUUCGCAGACGACGCAAGUUGUGGUAAUUUCACGUUGCUGUUUUGCAUGGGACGGCUUAGAAAUGUACAAAGUUAUGAAACGCACGUGCUGAGCUAUUGUUCUGCCAAUUAGAUCUUUUUUUUACGUGUCCUCGUUGCCGUCGCCAUCGUGGUUUGCUUAAGGUCCUUAACGUUUUUGGCGGGAAAACGCUGUCCUCGCCCCAGUCUCUUUCGUCCACCGACGUCGCCGUCGCUAUGAAAAUUCUCGGUGCUUAAGAUCCUUAUUAGCAGCUUGUCGGGGGACGGGAAGAAGGAGUCCAAAUCCUCCGUUUUAACUGACGCAAGAGACCUUCGCCAACGGAAACCCUUCGUUUCAAAUUGUAGCGAAAGUCUUUCCAAUUUCAUUCCCGGGGAGAAAGAUUUUAGCCAACAGAAAACUUCGCUUUUGUCAACCAUUAAUUACUCUUACCUGAUUCAACAUAUAUAAAAUGUGUGCGCCCCGACAUGAAGCGAGCUUGUGACUGGAUGAUGACAACAAAGCAAAAAAAAAAAGUCUAGGUGUUCAUGGUUCGCUUGUCCUCACUCUAAACUUUGGAAGACAUCGUGAUAUGCUUAACUUCACAUCCGUGGCUAAGUAAUAUUUAAAAUAUACAAAGGGGGUAAGUUUCUAAAGAAACUGUGGUGCUGCGUCGGUAGGAGAGUAUAACAGGGCAAUUUAGCAUGAUCAACUGAGUUGAUAAGUGGAUUGGCCAUCGUAAAGAGUUUAAAAGCUGGCGUUUCGAGCGUUAGCUCUUCGUCCAUUGCUCUGACGAAGGUCUAACACUCGAAAGGUCAGCUUUUGAACUCUUUACGAUGACCAAUUUACGUCAUCCACUAAGUUGAUAAUACUUAAUUACCUCACGUAAUAUUUCAGAUCGAUUUAAAAGUUUUAGACUGAGUUCUCUGCAAGCAGCAACAGUUUUGAAUGAUUUUAUCAGGCAAGAGUUGUCCUUUACGCAGGCGGAUAUUCAUCUAACGAGCUGAUCUUCAACGCAAAGGGAUCAAACAAACAUAAUUGGUUCGGUUUCAAUCGACUGAAGAACGAACCCUGGUCUGAUAUCCGAACAGAAUCGCUGACCUUAUUGUUAUCGCUCCAAUUCCUAAAUAUGGCGACAGCUUUAUUAUCAACAGCGUGUACAAUGGAUGUCCUGCGGAUGAUGAAUUGAUGGUGGCGGAAGAAUCGAAGUGAACCACAACAGAUAGGAACUGUCUUCCACAGGAACAAAUGGGUAACAUAUUAGAGGGUGUAUGUUAUUUUGCUCGCAUAACUCGAGUUGGGUAUGAGAAGAUACUCGGCUGCCAAUGUAAGGUUUUUUUUUUGCUAUGCUUAUAGUAAAGUUCAAGCCUAAUAAUCUGGAAAAUAAAUUAAAUAAUCAAUUUCAAAGGCUGUGAUCAACUCUAUUUGUAGCUUACAGCUCUUGCCAUCAUCAAAAUGAAUGUUACGUAAGGACUUCCAUUAGCUUAGAACGAGAAGAUUUGAAUUUUCUUGGCCUCUUAUGAAAUAGAAUAAAGAACGGUUCCAUAUAAUUUAGAAAAAAGUUGUAGUUUCUCGUCACUUUGAAUACCUUGUUUACACGAGUAAGCGUCCCCCCUGCCCCCGAUAAGUGCCGCGGCCGAAGUUCGCAACACCUAGGUCGAUUUUGCUAACAUAAUAAGGAAGACUGUUUUAAUACUUUAUAUUUACCACAGAACCAAGGAGAAUUUACAAUAUAUUGGCACCCAGCCACUUGUACAAUGACUUAAGUUUAAACGUUUAUAUCUGGAGGUCUAACUUUCAUAGGUAAUAUUCAUACUCAUGUAAAUCUCGAUCGUUUGUUCUUGUAAGUUUACGCUUAAGUUUAAAACGCAAAGUUUAUGCUCGAGAGUACAUUUCUUGCCUAAGUGUAAUUUGCUACGAAUUUCUUAACUACCGAAAAAAAUUUCAUACGUUGUCUUGCUACCAUUUCAAUUCUAGUUACUUAUAUCUAGAAUCUUGAGCAGAUGAGAUGAGUUGCUGGCCGUAAAUGUAGAGUAGAUUUCAGCGACUGAAGCUAUGAUUAGAAGGUAUUGAGAGAUUGCAGUAAUUAUUAAUUAUUGUAAUUUAAACACUUCUUUGGUGGGUUUGCUGGUGUAAUGAGCUCGAAGUUGAAUGUAGAGAACAUAAAGCGAACAUGUAGCUUAAUAAAGCGAACAUGUAGUGAACUCGAACUUAGCGAAAAAAUAAUAUAUAGAUUUAGCCAAGCCUAAAAGCGGAGCUCGCAUUUUUUUUUCCGCACGUCUCAAGGGCACAACGCCUUGCCCCGGCCAGGACUAGAACCCGGGUCGUCCGACUCGGAGCCCAGUACACUGACCACUACUGAAAAAAGCCGCGCCGUUGGCGUGCCCGCGGUACAGUUGACCACGUAUGUUAAAAGUAGCACCUUGUACGGUCGUACGGUCGGACAUCCAAAUUUUUUUGGCUUAAAGGGUUACUACUAUUUUGUAUAAUUAUGGGGCUAAGUUCUGCGAUCUCCGCUAUAAAGCUUCGGUUUCGCCCAAAGCACUCGCACGUUUCUUUCUGAAAAGCCUCUUGUUACUUCCGGAAAUGAAACUUUUUCUAUAGAAUAUAGCAGACCUCUUUGUACGUAUUAUUAUUGUUACCAUUAUUAUUCCCUUCCUCUGCCAUUUAUUUCUCAGAACUCUGGGACUCUAAUGUGUCUCGAUUAUAAUUAUGGAUUUCAUGCCGAAAAAGGGAGCAAUUCUUGAUUUUGUCUUGUGAAAACUAUAUAACAUGACCACUGGACUACUGGACAAAGCCGCACCGUUGGCGUGCCCGCGGUACAGUUGACCACGUAUGUUAAAAGUAGCACCUUGUACAGUGCCGAAAAAAAGGGAACAAUUCUUGAUUUUGUCUUGUAAAAACUAUAUAACACGAAACCGUAGGACACAAUUUUCAGCUCUUUUAGACGACGUACCAAAGUUAACCUUUUCAAGUGAAGGUAGAAUUGCACAAAUCUUUCACCGAUUCUCCAGUUAAUGAUGUACUUCCAAUAAACGACUCCAACUAGUAAUUCAAAAAUAAGGUAGUAACUGCUGAGUGUGUGUCACCUGCCACAAGGAAGCAAACUAUUCACCAAGAUAAAAAAGCGUGAUUGGAUAGAUCGCAUAUCGGGUAGAUAGGCGCUCCCUAUGUAACAUCGACAGGCUAUUCGCUAUGAUUUGCAAAACCGAGCGCUUUAAAAGAAGGUUUUCUUCCGAUGGUGUGCCUCCAUGCCCGUGACUUGUGACUCCGAAUUUUGAGGAAGCUAACGCAUGACACAAUACAUACAUUUGUGGCUUUUAUACUCGCAUAAACAUAUUGUACUCUUCUUUUGAAAAAUUGUAAGGCCUAUAGUUCAUUUAAAAACCUAUACAAGCGUUUAAACUUUUUGAAAGUUCAUAUUCCUAAAGAAAAUGAUGCUCAAUGAUUUUAUUAAUAUCAAACUAUUUUGAUUUACGGAAUUGAGCCAAGAAGUUAAUAAAAGACUCGCUGACUUUUAUCCAAAGCACAAUAUGUCAUAUGUCGCUUAAGAUGUUUAAUACCAAUUGAAUAACAAAUUGGUCACACGCGCACAGCAAUAUGGGAGCUAUUUAUUGAAUUUAAUACAAGACCAGCUAUGGCAUAAGUAUCAUUCUGAGAGGUUCCAAAAAUAAACAAUAUUACUUUUUUUAAACAUCUUUGCGGGCCGGAAUCUUUAAUCCUCGAAACUUAUUGGCUAAUAGCGCGCUCGUAAAAAAUCCAACUUUUUACAAUAAGGACCACGGUCUGGAAUUUCCACGCCACUCGCAGCAAAGCAAAGAAAUCAAACUAGCCGAAAAAAAAGUUAUUCAUCGGUCAAGGUUGGUCUGUAUGGGAAAAACUGUGCCUUUUGUCUUGAGUGCGACCCUCAUCUUUCGGCCAAGCUCUAUCCUCACUAAAGACCAUAAGAAUCCCCACACCCUCCCCUGGUAAAUAAUAAGUAUUAGAAAUUGACUGUAACAUCUGCUAAACCACAAGUAUCACUUCUGAUAAGUUAAUCAAUAUUGCGACCACAUAAGGCAAAAACAUAGUCUCACUUCUGAAAGGGAGGUCUCGGAAAUAAUCAAUACAGCAAUUAAAUAUAUUAAAUAUUCCAAAUAAUAAACGUUGAUACAACUUUUCAGUAUUACUACUCUUGUUCAGUAAGUAUGUUGAUGUCAUAGCUUCCUUUACAGAACUUCCUGGGAAUAUAUUUGAUUGACAGUGUGUUCCGGUUUUGGUUUGUAUGAAAACUCAACAGCAAAACGACAAUCGUUUAGUAGAAGUGUCCUUCCCGGAGACACCCAAGGUAAGUUAUGGUUCGUCUUAGAAUACUAAAGUGAUUCACGUUUAUAAGAACAGAGACCACAUAUACUGAAAAAACUUUGUGCUUCCCUUCUCUAAAUGCAAAGUGUCUGCCUAAGAUGACGAAAGACAUUCUUUUGCUCAAUAACUUCCUCAUUCAUUGUGAAACACAGUUGAAAACUUAUACCUGUUCACACCCAUUCUUCAUUGGUUUCAAACUGCGUGAUUUCAGAUUUGUGGAAUCUUUGGAAAAGGAUCGUUGAAACUUCAAGAAGAUUCACGGUACGUACAGUUUCUUUUAUAACCGAUAGUUCAUCACAGAGGUACCGAAUUGCUCCUUUCGAGCCAAAAGAACAAAGUCAGUUCGAGCCAAUUCUCUCAAACUGAGCUAUACAAAACCUUUUAAAGUUUAAUUCUGCUCCAAGCUUUAUGUGUUUGCUAGAUUCGAUCAGUAUUCAUUAUCAUUUGGUGAGGCAUGAUGCUCUAGCAGGACUAUUAGGUUUCCUAAUAUACCAGUAACAGUUACAAAGUCAUGGAUCUUUUCGUUUCAAAAAUCCUGACCUUUACUCUGUUUCGUAUGUAAAACCUUUACCACAUGAUCCUCGAAGAGACCGCGAGGAAAACUCUGAGAACAAAAUCUUCUGUUGGAAAAACAAGUUAUUAUCUUACUUGAGAAUUUCAAGAUUAUUUGAAUUUGAUGAAUUCACUUCUUCUACCAUCCACACCCGUUACUGCUUUAAUAAGUGGUCCAUUUUGUUUAUCACUCCUUUGAUUACAGACUUAGUUCCACUCAGUUGUAUAACCAUCACUUAUGGUUGAUUUAACCAAACCCCGAUCAACGGAUGUAACGUUAUGUUUGAAUGAGAUAAAAUUAUAAAUUCUAUCUUAUUUUUGUCUUUCUGUAGAUUUUUGCUAAACAUGAGAAACUUGGUCAUUUUGUUGAUUUUCGUGAGCUGUGCAUUGUCUGUGGUGGCUGGUAAGUGCAGCAUAUAACGAAGCUCAAAAUUCUUUCAAGUGAUUCUGAAAGUGAAGAGGAGAGAUUAUGAGCUGGAGUUGGUUGGUUACAGCUCCUCCCCACAUGUAGGAAACUAUAGCCAGCUCGGUAACCAAGGCUACGGUUCGCCACAUUAUGCUUGAUAUGUUAUACUAUUUAGUGAAUUCUUAAUGCUCAGACUUGAACGUCACGAUUACGCUCAGUUAGCAUCACUGUUGUGUUGCAUUAAAAAUUAAUAUGAGAACUUCUGGAACUGCCGGAAGCCACUUUUUCUACUUCUUUUUAACCAGGCGUGGCCUUGUUUUAUGGUACCUGACUAAUUUGUAACCAGGCCUAAUCUAAAAGUUUAAAAAUGCAUCAUUCUUUGUUUACUUUUUCAGUUUUGUACAAAGUACUUUCUUUGUACCAUUUCUUUAAACAUAAAUGCUUGAUUCUUUCUCCUUGCUGUUAACCUCAAAAUUAUGCUAGCAUUAAGUGGAACACUUUAACCAAUGCCCUGACUGAUAGCAAGUGAUUUGAAUUUAUUGCUGAUAGUAGGUGAACGGAGAGGUGAACAAGCAACGAAGAAUGCCGGGUAAAAUCGUUGAUUUCCUGACGGAAGACUGCCAUAUUGAUUUUUUUUCCAAAAGAAGCAAUGAAAUAUUAUACAAAGAGAAAUGUUAAAGAAAUCUAACUCUUAGCAGUGAGUUCAUGUUUUCAUUGUCUUAUUUUUUUUCCGUCAGCUUGCAAGGAUAAAAACAAACAUUGUAGAUCCUUGGCAUUGAGUGGUGAAUGCAAAAAAAAUCCAAAGUACAUGGUGAUCAAUUGCCCCAAAAGUUGCACAAUCUGUCCAGGUAUGCAUGAUGCUAAAGAAGUGAAAUAGAUUACCCAUAACGUUAUAAAAUUUUGUAACAAUAGAUCCAUGUAAUGCUUUUUUCUCUCUUUCUUGUGCUUUCAUUUUGAUUCUGCUGCCAAUUCAUCUACACCAAUAGGCAUUCCCUGACUUUUCAAUCAUAGUGUCAUUCUUUAAAAAACUUUCAAGCUCUUUUCCCUCCACUCCCCCCCUCCUUUAUUCCUUCCCCGACAGUUUCCACUACAUAACUGUUAGCUUUCUUUGUGGUCAACAUGACGGUUCAGCAUUAAAUUUGGGUGAUAUGUGUAAAGACAUCAAACAAAAAGACCUCUUGCAUUUAUUAGUGAAUGCCAUAUAUCACAAUGGGUGAGUUCUCGUUGAAUUUAAAUGCAACCCUCUGUAUAGGCCCUAGUGUAAUUACAGCUCUUUCUCUCACUGAAACGAAUUACAUAGGAAUUCCCAAGGUAGGAGUGGAGAGGCGAAAUUAGGAAAAAAGAUAAGGUCCGGCAGCACGGGUGACCAGGCACGAAGAGAUCGUGAUUCAGGGGAAUAUGAUUCACACAGAAAUGUUGAUCAAAUCUGAUAAGAUUAAGCGAUGCACUCACAUGUAUAUUGCUUUACUUUUUCUCCGUCAGCUUGCGAGGAUAAGAACAAACGCUGUCAAUCCUGGGCAUUGAGCGGUGAAUGCAAAAAAAAUCCAAAGUACAUGGUGAUCAAUUGCCCCAAAAGUUGCACAAUCUGU